AUGUUAGAUGAACUAUAUAAAGCAGAACGUGAAGAGAUGGAAAAGAAACUUCAAGCAAAAGAUGAAGUCAUUGAAUCCAAAGACAAAAGCAUACAGAAAAGAAUACCACGUUCGGUACCAAAAGGUAAGGAAAAGAACUAUAAGUAUAUGAUUUAUACUGAAGAGAUGGAAAAUGAAGAAGAUAAAGAUAUGGUUAUGUUGCAUUUAGUCAGAAGAAACAACAAAAGCUUUUACGACCUUGCUAAGAUUUACAAAUCUGACAGAAAUUGGUUCUAUCGCGAAAACUUACCGAUUUCAAUGACCCAAAUGAAGAUGUGA